CCUAAACAUUAUUGGAAAAAGCAAAAAAAAUAUCAUGAGGGCGACCUCUCCUACUUCACCAGAAAUAAUGGAACUCUUCUCUAAACUAGCAUUCGAUCUCCAAACCCUAACUCACAAUUCGCCAAUCAUUCAAGAACAACAACAACAAGAGUUCAAUGAUUCUUCAAUUGAUCCCUCAAUCUCAAAGCUAGCAAUGUCUCUCACUCACAAUCCUGGGGUUAGGGUUUUGGACACUGCUUUAUCUCUCAUGUGCUUUAAAGCGCCACAGGUUCUUGACUCAGUGGUUGAGUAUUCUGUGAAGACAAUUGUUAGUGUCUUGUCUUCAUCAAUAUGUUGUGAGGUGUCCCGGUUUCGUGAUGAAGAGGUUCUGCAGAUCGGUAGCUUCAUUUCCCGCAGCCAUUGCAUGGAACUAAUUGAAUGUGUUUUUGAUGUUAUUUCAAAAUUGAAGGAGCUUGGGAUGCCUAUUGAUUUGCUGUUAUCUGCUGUGGUUAGAGUUGCGGCUUCAGCUUCUUGCUAUAGAUAUCUAUCCCCAUCAAUGCGUGUUCUUGAUGUUAAAUCCUUUGAUGGAAGUAUCACUGCUAUCUCAAAGCUGCUGUCUCACUUGCCCAUGAAUUUCUCCCUUAGCAACCAUGAAAUACCAACGAGGUUGUUAAUUUGGUACCUUGAUCCAUUAGCUCUAAAGCAUGAUAUUUCAAAAAUCUUGCAAGGAACCAUACAAAGACCAUUCCUUUGUUUGAGAAUGGAAUUUUAUGAGAGGAUGGAUUGGCGCUCGAUUCUUGUAUGCUGGGUACUUUCUCCAGUUAUGUUCAUUGAUACCAGAGCUCUAUUACAUGACUGGUUUCUGCAGACGGGUCUUAGUUCUGUUGUAGAGCUUCUGAUGGAAUUAGUUUCACUGAUACUAGAUGUAAUUUCUAGACCAACAUGGUGGGGUCUAUCAUUAGAGCUGGGAUUGAAGCUUCCAUUUUCUAAUGCAUAUUUUCCAUAUCAAAGUGAUUUCUUGAGGACUUUGACUGGACCCUUCUCGUAUGGAAGUUUCCUACAAUUAGUUCACAUGACAAGAAAAUCAGCUUCUCUGCAUAGAGAACUAUGUGAUCCAACUAUCAAGCCAUCGGCAGUGAGGGUUGCAUCAAUAGAUCAUAAAUCUAUCUGGGCCCUGGCAAUAAGCUUUCCAGACUGGUUCUAUUUUGCUUCAGUUUUACUCUUUUCUGAUGAUAAAAAUUCCCAUCAAAACAUUCAAGUUAAAUGCCCCUUAGGGGUACUGGAAUUUGGGCAACUACCUGCUUCUGCUGCAACUUUUAUUGCUUGGAUUCUGAGCCCCAUUAACAAAUCUAAUCAGGAUGCACUGUUUGAAAACCUGACAAAACUAUCAAAGUGUUGGAAUCUGAAAGAAAUCAGCUCAGAUAAUAGUCAGAAUGGGAUGGCUGGCUACAAGAAGAAACUUAAGAAACCCAGAUUUUGCGACAGCAAGGAGGAUUCUACUCUUGGAAACAAGUAUGAUUGUCAAGUCAUUAUCCUCUGGCUCAAACAAUUCCAGAAUAUCAUGAAGCAUAAUGAAAGCAUUGAUGAGUUGGCAUUCUGUGAGCCAAAGUCUUAUUCUCUUCUCCAGCAGCAUGAUAAGCUGUUCAGAAGAAUACCACUAGGCAUCUUGAUUGGGUCCUCCGGUUAUAUAAACGAAGAUGGAUGUGAGCUGCUGCUUCAUUAUGCUGCCACUGGUAGGAUACACGACUCACUUGGAACUGAGAAUACUGGCUUGAAACAUGUAAAUUAUAAUUCUUCAGAGCCAGAAGAUUUGUUUGUUAACAAAGAGGAGGCUGUAUUAGGAGCCUGUCUAGUCUUCAGUUUAACUGAUGUUGUUGACAGGAUGUCUGUCUCACUAUUUGAAACUGAAAAGACUGGAGAGGAUUUUCUAUACCUGGUGAAAUUAAGGGCUGGCAGGUACUUGCUCAAGUGUAUCAAGAGGCUAACACAGUUUAAUGUUGAUGAGGAUGGAGUACCAAUGCUUUUGGAUCUCCAAGGUAGACUGGAGAGGUGGAGGUAUCAAGGGAAAGAAGUACCAGAGUUUCAAGAAGAUCUAGAUGAUGCCCUUAAAGGUUUAAGCACUGAGUUAUCAUGAGAUUCUUAAAGCUACGGAGCCCUUUGAUUAUGCACAGCGUCCUAGAGAAAUUUUACAAUUCAGCAUCGGAGAUUGAGUCUAUUGGAAGCUUAUGAGUAAUGGAUUGUUGUGUUUUAAUAGCGUGUGGGAUCGUAUUAGAUCUUCAAAGCAAGAGUUAACUGGUUUAAAUUGGUGUGGGUCCUUCCUGAUUUCCUGUUAAUGUUAUCAUCCAUUCAUAAUAGGCGACCAAUGAAUGGAAGAAACAGUGGAAUAGUUAUUAAUCCUCACCCUCUAAUUUGUCAUCAAGAUACAAAAACCAGAACUGUCAACUUCAUAAAUCCAGGGGAGUCCAGGUAAUCAGGGCUGAGAACUUCUAUAAUAUUGAAAAACCACUUGAUGGAUCACAUCAAGAGUUGUGAUGGAAUAAGUCUAAGGCUCCUCUGUAAACAGGGUUUUUCUUGUGUUUUUUAAAGAAUAGCUUGGGAGUUGGUCCUCUCAUGUUGGGUGAAAGCAACAACGAUUGCACCGGCAGGCUUGUAUGAAAUUCCGCAGUAGUUUCCACUCAAUUUGCCCGGAUGUCAAGAUGAAGAUUUAUGCGGUCAGCUAUCAAUCCCCUUUGAUUAUUUUUUUUUUCUUGCUUUAUUCUUUACCUUCUGUGUGAAGCUUUUGUUUUCUGGUUGUUUAAGUUUUUGGUAGCUUCAUUUUCAUUUUUAAUAGUUUGAUAGACGAAAUUGACUCUCGAUUACCAAAAAAUCAUAACACUGGAAUAUUUGGUGGGAGUCCUAUUGCAGGAUAGAAGGAGAAAACACAUCUUGAUGUGCCAGUUGCCUGUGUAUUAUGGGAUUCAUGUGGGGAUGCGAUAUCUGUUCUGUAAUUCUUAGAAAUUUUUAAUCAAGUCCUUCUAUCCAUGUCUAAGGUACAAACUUACAAAUACUCAACCGCUGCACGCUAAAGACUUGCCUGUAUGAAUUUGCAAGACUAAAAGCUUCCAGACUAUAUGUAGCCUGU